AGGAAGAACAAGAGGAGACACAAUCUACCUGACCAAGCUGGAGCUGACUCUGACUCAGACUCAGAAGAUAGAUUUCUUUCUCUCUGUAAGCCUCAGAACGCUCCUCAGGCCAAAGAGAAAGUCAAAGCUUCAGAAAGGGCUAAAAGGAAGCCACUGACUCCUGAGGAGCGCUUAAAAAGCCUCCCAGUGUCACAGUGUCUGGAAUCAAUAGCAGACUUCUUAGACAGCAUGUCCUACAUGGACUCGUUGCUCGACAGGGCUGACAGUCACAGAGGUCUGUCAUCUGUAAGUGUGGUCAUAAAAGAUGGGAUGACAGACGAGUCAAGUGUGGAGAUCGAAAGAGGGAGCUCGAUGACAGCAACUGGCCUGGAGAUCCAGGCGGCGGUCGAGGCUCUGAGCUUCCGCAAGUUCCGGGUAUCGGCAGAGGAGGCUUUGGAGAGAACACGACAGCUGGAAGGGGAGCUGGCCAAAGAGGCUGCAGCAGAGCUCAGCCUCCCCGUGGCUGCUCAUCGGGAAUGUUUCAGCUUCACACAUGACGGGCCCUCAGAGCCACAGUUGGUUGAGCGGAGGAGAGAAGUGAUGGAGAGUCUGAUGCUGAAAGGAGUGUUUGGUACUCUUGGCAACAGUCCACCAGCUGCUCUGGACUAUUUACCAAUCAUGCGCUGCAUCUGCAGAUCUGAGAAGCUUAAGGAGCAAGGCAAAGUUAAGCGAAGGUUUCUGCACUACCUCGACGCGAUCCACUUGGGUCUCGAAAAAAGGACUCUACAGCUGCUCGCUGAAGAUUUCCCCUAAAACAACAAAGACGACCAGACUGGACUCCACAGUCACACACAGGCCUUCAAUAAGUACUCUCUGGCUCUCAGAAGGACUGGUGUACAGAUCUAAAUAAAUAAGUGUGUGUCAUCCUCUGAGAUGGUGACAGAGCACACGGUGAGAGGCGCAUGAGCACAGAGGACCGCUUCCACAUUGGUACCAACAUAGAGGCGACUGAAUAGUAAAGAUUUAAUCUGAGCUAAAGGACGGACAACUAACUAACCUCACUUGUGUCAUCUUUUGGUGCUCUAAAAACUAAAAUUUUACAAUUUUGUCAUCUUUAUAUUUUUGUACAGUAGUGCUCUAUAGGGAUGCGUAUCGGUGGUUUUUAUUUUGCAAAGUGCUGUUUUUAUGAAGUAGAAUUUUUUUCUUACUAAGCCCCUGGGGUCCCUCGUGUGUGGGUGUGUGCAAAAUAUAAUUUGUAAGUUACUGAAUCGAAGUGCACAUGCAUGUCUGGCAGCUUCAGAUGUCUGCAGCCAAGCACAUCUUUCUGCACAAUAACUUACAAUUAAAGGAAUUU